AUGGGUGACUGGAGCUUCCUGGGAAGACUGCUAGAGAAUGCACAAGAGCAUUCUACAGUCGUUGGCAAGGUCUGGCUGACAGUGCUGUUCAUCUUCAGAAUCCUGGUGCUGGGAGCUGCUGCAGAGGAGGUCUGGGGGGAUGAGCAGUCUGACUUCACUUGCAACACACAGCAGCCAGGCUGCGAGAAUGUCUGCUAUGACCAAGCCUUCCCCAUCUCCCACAUCCGCUUCUGGGUGCUACAGAUCAUCUUUGUCUCGACGCCCACCCUUAUCUACCUGGGGCAUGUGCUGCACAUUGUGCGCAUGGAGGAGAAGAAGAAGGCACGUGAGGAGGAGGUGCUGAGCAGAGACAGCCUGCAGUCUGGGGCAGGGGGCCAGGAGCCACCUGAUAGGACAGGGAAGAAAGAGAAGCCACCCAUCCGGGAUGACCGGGGCAGAGUCCGGAUUGCAGGUGCUCUGCUCCGCACCUAUGUCUUCAAUAUCAUCUUUAAGACUCUGUUUGAAGUGGGGUUCAUUGUUGGACAGUACUUUCUCUAUGGCUUUGAGCUGAAGCCUCUCUACCGCUGUGACCGGUGGCCCUGUCCCAACACAGUUGACUGCUUCAUUUCCAGACCCACUGAGAAGACCAUCUUCAUCAUCUUCAUGUUGGUGGUGGCCUGCGUGUCUCUCUUACUCAAUAUGUUGGAGAUCUACCAUCUGGGCUGGAAAAAACUCAAACAGGGCAUGACCAACCGUUAUAGCUCACAUGCUGCUGAAACCAGUAUGGUAGCUACAAAGCCCAGUGGUAUUAAUCCACUCUUCCUCCCUUCCCAAUCCGCCCCACCCGCUGUCACCAUUGGAUUUCCACCUUACUACACCCACUCUGCCUCUUCCCUGGGACAGACAAUGGCUACAGGGUAUCCUGAGGCCCCUCCACCACCAACAGAUUUCAAAAUGGUAGCCCUGUCUGAGGAACAUGGCAAAGACCACCCUACCAGAUACUACAACAACUGCCACCACCUGCUAAUGACAGAACAGAACUGGGCCAACCAGGAAGCUGAGCAGCAGGCUUCAGGGAAGAAGCCCUGCCCACCGGUGCCUACCCCUGCAGCCCCCUCUCCUCUGAGCAGUACUCCACAGCUCCCACUGGACGGCAGAGCUAAGAGUCAAGCACCUCUCUUAUUGGUGAAUGGGAGCAACAGCAGCUUGGGAGAGAGCAAAUUGGAAGUGACUCCUGAGGAGGAGGCACAGGCAGGCACCACCAGAGUGGACAUGCACACGCCUCCCCUGCUCCUUGGAGACCCGGGCCGGGCCAGCAAGGCCAGUAAGUCUAGCAGCGGGAGGGCCAGAGCAGAUGACUUAGCCAUCUAG